UUAAGUCAUUCAGUGCGGAGGCGAGCUCACCAGUCGAGCGGCAUACGUAGCCGGGGUCAGGUUUCGUCAUACGUUGAUUUAGUCACGCAAAAUGAAGUUCGCCGCAGUGUUGUUCGUUGUGCUCGUAGCUGUAAUUUGUCUCGGCCAGUGCAAGGAUCUGAUAACUGGCACCAGCUUCAACAACAGACUCAUCUGGCAGCAGAAGGUCGAGUACAAUGCUAUCCCUCUCAAGAAGAGGGUCAAAGAGGUGUUCUACUCCGACGCUGGCCAACAAACUAUCAAGGGUGUGAUCGCGAGGGAUCUUGACCACACCGAAGGCAGCGCCUCCAUCACCGCCGGAGGGCCCGGCAACUCCUACGUCAACGUCAGGUUCAAGAGCGAGAGGGGAUCCGGACUCAACUACCAACUAGAAAUAUACGUAUAAUCAAUCACCAAAAUCACCGCCAAAAUUAUGCACAAAAAAUUAAAUUCUGGCCAUUGCAUUUAAAUUUAUCUUUCAAUGUUUUAUUCAUGGUUUCCACCCUGCCACAGGGAGUUGUAAAGGGCAGUAAUUCAAUUAUUCGUUUGAAUGUUUCAGAACCAGAAUAAGUAGAUUAACGUCAAAAAUAAAGUCUUUAUGGUGGUUUAAAAAUAAACAGCCGAGCAGGAUAUUACGCUCCACGAUUUCAUCCAUUGUAUGUUAAUAAAAACACCUGAUUUGUUACACCUCAGGUUUUUCAUUAAUGGAGGAUGAAUUUCAAAACAUUAUUUCCAAAUUUCCUCUUUUUGCAGCCUACUUUUUGUUAAUAAGUUUACUUAUUUA